GGGGAGGGGCCGGCGGCGGCGGCUCCGCCCCGGCCUUCCACGCCCCCUCCCGCCCCUGCGCCUCGACCCUCGGGGGGCCCGGGCGGAGCCGAGCCUCGGUCUGCAGCGCCGCCGCCAUCGCCUGCGCCACGUCCCUAGCUCUGCCCAGGACAGGCCGCGCCGGGACCCCCGUCGGCUUCCGAGGUGCAGCAUGGUGGGGGAACUCCGCUACCGGGAAUUCAGAGUGCCCUUGGGGCCGGGCCUGCACGCCUAUCCCGAUGAGCUGGUCCGCCAGCGGGUGGGCAAGGACGGGCAUCCCGAGUACCAGAUCCGCUGGCUCGUCCUGCGGCGCGGGGACGAAGGGGACGGGGGCGCCGGGCCCGUGGACUGCAAGGCGGAACACAUCCUGCUGUGGAUGUCCAAUGACGAGAUCUAUGCCAACUGCCACAAGAUGCUGGGCGAGGACGGCCAGGUCAUCGGGCCUUCGCCAGAGCCCGCGGGGGAGGCCGGGACCCUGGACAAGUCCGUGCUCCUUGAGAUGGAGACCGAUGUGAAGUCCCUGAUUCAGCGGGCCCUGCGGCAGCUGGAAAACUGCGAGGGCUCCAGCGCGCCUGCGCCUCUGCUUCACACUGUCCACGUGCUCAGCGCCUACGCCAGCAUCGAGCCCCUCACCGGGGUCUUCAAAGACCCCCGGGUCCUGGAUUUGAUUGUUCACAUGUUGAGUAGCCCCGAUGACCAGAUUCGCUGGAGCGCGGGCCAGAUGACCCAAGCCUUGGCCUCCCACGACGCUGCGACCCGGACCCACAUCCUACUGUCUUUGAGCCAGCAAGAGGCCAUCGAGAAGCACCUAGAUUUUGACAGCCGCUGUGUCCUGCUGGCUCUGUUUGCGCAGGCGACACUCGCAGAGCACCCCAUGUCCUUCGAGGGCAUUCAGUUCCCUCAGAUCCCGGGCAGGUCACUCUUCUCCCUGGUCAAGCGGUACCUGCUGGUCACGUCCCUCUGGGAUCAGCUGAACGAGCAUGUCCAGCCCCAAGCCCAGGACGGCACCACCCCCGAGGAGCUGAGCGGGGAGCGGAGUCGCCUGGAGCUGGAGUUCAGCAUGGCCAUGGGCACCCUGAUCUCGGAGCUGGUGCAGGCCAUGCGCUGGGAUUGGGCGUCCAGCCGGCCGGGCCCGGUGGCGCCACCCGUCAGCUCCCAGCCGCCGCCUGCCGAUGCGGGCCUGGAGCUCCUGGACGCGCAGGCCGCUCUGCCCUUCCGCAGGGCCAGGCGGUUCCGGCCGCGCUCAGAGUUCGCUAGCGGCAACACCUACGCCCUGUACGUGCGGGAGACACUGCAGCCCGGCAUGCGCGUGCGGAUGCUGGACGACUACGAGGACAUCAGUGCGGGCGAGGAGGGCGAAUUCCGGCAGAGCAACAACGGCGUGCCCCCCGUGCAGGUGUUCUGGAUGGCCACGGGCCGUACCUACUGGGUUCACUGGCAUAUGCUGGAGAUCCUGGGCUUCGAAGAAGAUGUGGAGGACGUGGCCGAGGAAGAGGUCUACCAGAGCGCGGCGCUCGGUGGCUCUCUGGGUGCAGUCCUGCCCAUAUGGCGGUGGAGGCCCAUGCGCGAGCUCUACGCCGUGCCCUACGUGCCCCCCGAGGAGGAGGAGCCGGAGGAGAACGAGCACCUGUCCCAGGCCGAGUGGUGGGAGCUGCUGUUCUUCAUCAAGAAGCUGGAGGGCUCCAAACAUCAGGAGGUUCUGCAGAUCCUGCAGGAGAACCUGGACGGGGAGAUUCUGGACGACCAGCUGCUGGCCGAGCUGGCCAUGCCCAUCGAGCUGGCCCAGGACCUGCUGCUCGCCCUGCCCCAGCGACUCAGCUGCGGCGCCCUCCGGGACCUCCUCACCUGCCGCAUCUACCGGAAAUUCGGGCUCCAGGCCCUGGCGGAACAGCCGGUCUACCCCUCCCUGCUGGCGUCCCCAGCCCCCGAUGCAGCCAAAGGGAAAGCCAAGGACUCCCUGUCGGCGGGCGACCACAUGCCCCUGCAGCGCCUGGCGGAGAGCUUCGGUUCAGCCGGGAAGAUCAUUCUGGAGCUGGAGCGCGUCCUGAGCGCGGAGAGGCCGCAGGAGAGCGAGGUCCGGCCAGUCCUGCAGCAGCUCCUGCAGGAGCCGCAGCCCUUCCUGGCACUGAUGCAGAGUCUCGACUCGCCGCCCGCCAACAAGGCCCUGCACCUGGCCAUCCUCAGAGUCCUGCUGCGGCUGGCGGAUGUCCCUGACGCCCCACUGCUCCCCUGGCACGAGGCCAUGGAAGCCUGUGUGGCCUGCCUGCGGUCCCCAGACACUGACCGAGAGGUGCUGCAGGAGCUGAUCUCCUUCCUGCACCGCCUGGCCACAGUCAGCAGGGACUACGCCGUGGUGCUGAACCAGCUGGGAGCCCGGGACGCCAUCUCCAAGGCCCUGGAGAAGCACCUGGGGAAACUGGAGCUGGCCCAGGAGCUGCGGGACCUGGUGUUCAAGUGUGAGAAGCACGCCCACCUCUACCGGAAGCUCACCACCAACAUCCUGGGGGGCUGCAUCCAGAUGGUGUUGAGCCAGAUCGAGGACCACAGACGCACCCGCCGGCCCAUCAACGUCCCCUUCUUCGACGUCUUCCUCAGAUACCUGUGCCAGGGCUCCAGCGUGGAGGUGCAUGAGGACACGUGCUGGGAGAAGGUGGAGGUGUCCUCCAACCCGCACCGGGCCUGCAGGCUGACCGACCGCAACCCCAGGACCUACUGGGAGUCUAACGGCACCGCCGGCUCCCACCACAUCACCCUGCACAUGCGCCAGGACAUGCCCGUCAGGCAGCUGAACCUCCUCGUGACCAGCGAGGACUCGAGCUACAUGCCCGCGAGGGUGGUGGUGUUCGGGGGCGAGAGCGUCAACUCCCUGAACACAGAACUCAACGCGGUGAACGUGCUGCCCUCAGCCAGCCGCGUGAUUCUCCUGGAGAACCUGACCCGCUUCUGGCCCGUCAUCCAGAUCCGCAUCAAACGCUGCCAGCAGGGCGGUAUCGACACACGCAUCCGGGGCCUGGAGGUCCUGGGCCCCAAGCCCACUUUCUGGCCCGUUUUCCGGGAGCAGCUGUGCCGGCACACACGCCUCUUCUACAUGGUUCGGGCGCAGGCCUGGAGCCAGGACAUUGUGGAGGACCGCAGGGGCCUCCUGCACCUGAGCAACAGGCUCAUUGGGGCUCUGCGCCAGGAGCAGAGUUUUGCUGACCGCUUCCUCCCCGACGACGAGGCUGCCCAGGCCCUGGGCAGGACGUGCUGGGAGGCGCUGGUCAGCCCCCUGGUGCAGAACAUCACCACCCCGGCCUCUCUCCAUGCCGUCUCUCUCCCCCCGAGGCUGCCUGCGGCCCUGGAGGCACAGCUCCCCUGGCUGGUCUCCCGCUCUCUAGAUGAGGAUGGCGUCAGCUCCCUGGGCUGGCUGCUGGGCCAGUACCUGGAGUGCCGAGAGGCCGCCCACAACCCCCAGAGCCGCGCGGCAGCUUUCUCCUCGAGGGUGCGGCGCCUCACCCACCUGCUGGUGCACGUGGAGCCCUGCGAGGUGCCCUCCCCGGCCAAGGGCAGAAACAGGAGCCACGACUGGAGCUCGCUGGCCUCGCGGGGCCUCCCCAGCAGCAUCCUGAGGAACCUGACCCGCUGCUGGCGGGCCGUGGUGGAGGAGCAGGUGAACAGUUUUCUGAGCUCACACUGGCGUGACGACGACUUCGUGCCUCGCUACUGUGAGCACUACCACCACCUGCACAAAGCGAGCGCCGAGCUGUUUGGGCCGCGGGCCGCCUUCCUGCUGGCGCUGCAGAGGGGCUGUGCCGGGGCCCUGCUGAAGCUGCCCUUCCUCUCAGCGGCCCAUGUGAGCGAGCAGUUUGCCCGCCACAUUGACCAGCGGAUCCAGGGCAGCCGCAUCGGCGGGGCCCGCGGGCUGGAGAUGCUGGCGCAGCUGCAGCGGUGCCUGGAGACAGUGCCCACCUUCAGUGGGCUGGAGAUCGCCAGCACCUUUGAGCACUACUACCAACACUACAUGGCGGACCGUCUCCUUGGCAUGGGCUCGAACUGGCUGGAGGGGGCCGUGCUGGAGCAGAUCGGCCUCUGCUUCCCCAACCGCCUCCCCCAGCAGAUGCUGCGGAGUCUGAGCGCCUCCGAGGAGCUGCAGCGCCAGUUCCAAGUAUACCAGCUACAGCGGCUGGAUCAGGAGCUCCUGAAGCUGGAGGACACGGAGAAGAGAAUGCAGGUGGGCCGCGAGGAGCAGCACCAGGGGAGGAAGGAGGGGCAAGCUGAAGAAACCGGGGCGGCUGCAGCGGCCGCGGGCUCGGAGGACGAGGACGAGGAUGAGGAUGAGGAUGAGGACCUGUACUACGAGGGCGCCAUGCCCGAAGUGUGCGUGCUGGUCCUGGCCCCCCGCUGCUGGCCCACCGCCUCCAUCUCCCACAUGCUCAACCCCAGAGUCUGCCUCCCCGCCUACCUGAGGGGCACCUUGAACCGAUACUCCAACUUCUACCGCAAGAGUCACAGCUACCCAGCCCUGGAGCAGGGUGCCCCAAAGCGGCUGCAGUGGACGUGGCUGGGCCGGGCGGAGCUGCAGUUCGGGGACCAGACCCUGCAUGUGUCCACCGUGCAGAUGUGGCUGCUGCUGCACCUCAAUGACCUGCAGGCCGUGUCCGUGGAGAGCCUGCAGGCACUGUCCGGGCUCUCUCCCGACAUCCUGGACCAGGCCAUUGAGCCCCUCACAGCCCCGCGAGGCCCCCUGGAGCUGCAGAAGCCCAAGGACGUCCCUGGAGGGCUGCUCAGGGUCCGAGAGGACUGGGACGAGCCCCAGCCGAGGAGGGCCAGCGUGUGGCUCAUCCCCCCUCCGACAUACCAGAGCGCUGAGGACGAGGAGGGCCGCAACAUGGAGAAGAGACGGAACCUUCUCAACUGCCUCAUCGUCCGCAUCCUCAAGGCGCAGGGGGACGAGGGGCUGCACGUCAACCGGCUGGUCUGCCUGGUGCUGGAGGCCUGGCAGAAGGGCCCGUGCCCGCCCCGGGGCCUGGUCAACAGCCUGGGCCGGGGCGCCGCGUGCAGCAGCACGGAUGUGCUGGCCUGCAUCCUGCACCUCCUGGGCAAGGGCACAUUGAGGCGCCAGGAGGGCCGGCCACAGAUGCUGUCCUACGCCGUGCCCGUGACAGUCGUGGAGCCUCACACCGAGUCCCUGAACCCCCGCUCCUCAGGCCCCAACCCCCCCCUCACCUUCCACACCCUGCAGAUCCGCUCCCGGGGCGUCCCCUACGCCUCGGGCGCCGGCACCCAGAGCUUCUCCACCUUCCGGUAGCCCUGGAGCUGGGCUGCGGGCUGGGUGGGGCCCGGCUGGCUACCAAAAUAAAAGUGCAGGAGGGUGA